UGCAAUUCAUUUUCCGGAUGUGGAAAAAAAUUACAUUCAAUUAAUUUGAUUUUAUUGGAAAAAUGAAUUUAUGUGGCUUAACACUUUUUUCUGGGCAACCGAAGCUUUUUCAUUAGAUCACUUGUCAAAUCGGUUUUCAGUCGAUACCAAUCGAAACCCUUUUUCAUACAGGCCAAAACAGCAGAUUCCCCAGAAAUCGUACAGCAAACGAUAAACAGCAAAUAUGAACAUCAUUUAUGCGACUACAACCCUUCUAGCUGUUAUCCACUUGACCAUUACAAUGGACGGUCCCUUUCCGAAUACGGAAAACAUCCAAUGGUACUGGGCUGACCAGUCUAUCGGAUUGUUCGGCGACCAAGCGUGGCUUUUUCACACAGAAGUGGGACCAGUUCUAACAAAAAUCGGCUGCAGCCCUUCGGAAAACUAUAUCCGGAAAUUCAAAUGGAACCCCCGUUUGCAUCUUCAGCUGAUUCGGGUGGAGUGUGCGGGGGAGCAGCACUGGCUUCUGAUGACUGACAAGUACCCGAAGGAUGUCGCUUUGUACCCUGGAGAUGGGGUCAAGUUUGAAGACGACGUGCUCGUUCGUCUCGGCAGCCACUCGAUCUAAUAGUUCUGUUUUCUAUUUGAACUAAUUAUCUACUGAUGAUUAAUCUCGUCUCUCGCCUAUGCUAUAAUUGAUUUUUACUGUUAUC